ACAACGCACUCCGUAUCAUUUAAUCCGGUCUUCACUGUCUUUUUCGCAUUAAAACAUGGCAAGAAAAGAAUUGCUUGUGAUUGUUAUUAAUUUAUUUGUGAAUAUUAAUGAUAGUGUAACAGUGUACCAGCCAAAGGAUAAUCUGAUAACAAGUACAACAAGGCUACCAUUUUUACCACAUCUGAAUUUACGAAAAUUUAGAAACCCAUUUAAUCACAAAACCAAACUCAGUGACAUGACUUUUCCGGUUUUUCCAAACCUAUUUAAUGUUUCUAAACCAAAAUUACCAAAAUUCCCUUUUAGAAUUAGUGUAAACAAUACUAAAGCAACAAAUCAAACCUUCUUGCCUACGUUUCCUACGGUCUAUGUAAAUGACAAGAAUGCGACCCAAUUGGCCGAUGAAAUUAUUCAAAAUUUUACCCAACUUUUUCCACCAAAAGAGUCAAUCCAAAAAUUUCCACCAGUCGUGGAGUAUUUCGUCCAAAAAAUUCAGGCGUCCCAGUCCAACUAUAUUUACGAAGAUCUGAGCAGACCUCAAACCCAUGACAAACCAAUUUAUACGUUAUCACCUAAGGAUGAAGAAUUCUUUGGUUUAGCAUCUACUCAACCUACUGUUAAGGUAUCGAGCACUACUGUAAAAUUGUUUGAAUUAAUUACUGAUGAAGCUAAGCCAGAACUAUUAGGUUGUAAGGAAACAACAACUGAAAAAAGUAUACCAAUCAAUAAAAAUAAAGAUGAAAGUUUUUAUUCUACUUAUGAAUUACCAAAUAUAAUUUAUAGCAGAAAAAGUGGUAAUAAUAAGAAAACUGCUUGCAAGAAUAACUCAAUUGUGCAAGUUACCGCCUCUAGCCUAAUUGAAAUGAUGGAAUCAUCAGUACCUGGGUCAUAUGGACUUCCCAAUGUAAUUUAUUUACGAAAAAAUAUAACAUCUGAGCCUGAUAAAAUUUCUGACAAAAUAAGCAAUAAAUUAGAGGUUGAAUCUGCUAAUAUCGAUGAUAUACCAAACAUCAUUAAAGUUAAAAUAGACAGAGUUAAUAUUACGUCUACAGAUGUUACAAACUCUGAGAAAACCAAUACCACCAAAGCAACAAUAAUUAUUCCAAAUUUAAUAGAAAAAAGCAAUCCCAUUGAAGCAAAGCCUGGUUGGCCAAAUAUUAUCUAUGAAGUCGAACCAAAUAUCACAGAUAAAAUAAACAAAAAUGGGACUAAAUUUGUCUCUUAUGGUACUCACGGUAUACCCAAUGUGGUAAAUUUAAGAGAUUAUAGAAUGAAUGGUGAAAGAGAUGUUACCGAAGGACUUUAGUUACAAGGCCUAUUCAAGUUCCACUACCAUCCAGCUUCUACUAUCCCCAAAACUACCCCUUACAAUUAAGACGCAACCCACUAUAUCAAACCAGAGGCCCAUUCGACUUCAUAGGCCAAUGGAUCCAACAGACCCCUUGGCUUCCUAUCCAG